AUGUUCGGAACAUUUCGGUAUAAUCGGAAUACGAAUGACCAUGAGCACGUCGAGAUCUCCAGAGCCGAUGGGGUUGAAGCCCGAGGCUUCACUAGAGUAGCCUGCAAUUCGUGUCGUGACCGAAAGCUCAAAUGCAGCGGCGAAAAGGCGGGUUGCAAAAAGUGCCGGUCUAUGUCACAAAGUUGCGUAUACAAGUCGACUCCGUCUUCCCCUGUCAAUUCGCCACGUUCACAGCAUGGUGGCGGCAGCUCCGCCCGCCGCCCAUCUGUGAUCACCCCGGAUCUCCCCACGGUACGGGGACCGUCAGCCCCGAAGCCCCAGGGACCAACCAGCCCACAUCGGCUAGCGUCGGCAGCAGCGCCACCCGUCACUCAACCUUCCACAACUUCAAAUUUGGCAGACAUCUGUCCCUCUUUACCUGCGACAAGUUUAUCACCUGCGUGCUUUUACAAUAACAAUAGCGACUGGGAUGUUUACGCUGAUCCUGUUUUCGUAUCCAACGGUGGCUCGGGCACAGCGCAGGACCUUGCUCGCGACACGGAGCCCAGUGGCGGAGCUAAUCUGGAAAAUGCUUUCCAGUCCAAUCGCAGGCGCGCAGAUGAUCCAACUUGGUCACUUCCAUCCACAAGGCCAGCCAAUGAGUUCGACUUGGAUGAUAAUGGCAUCCUGUCGAUGCCCCCACAGGUAUCGCGAGAGCAUCAACAACUUCAACACCAGGCAGACCAGGAAGCAAACCAUAUCUGGGACUUGGAUAUGGAUCUUGGUACUGUAGAUUCGCAACUUCAACGCCCUCCCUCUGAAGCUUACUCUCAUGGCUCCGGUCCAGGUACAGAAAAUGACCCUAACUUGACCUCGCGAAACAAUGCCAUGAUGCUACCAUCUCCGGACACAACGUCGGGCUCGAAUUCCACGUAUGCUGAGACAAGCCAAGGAUCAUUGGAGCUGAAGAAGUCCACCAGUUCUCAACGGCCAUGCAAAUGCCUACGCAUAAUGGCGCAAGCUUUGCAGACUGUGGAUGCCCAGGGCGCGGGCACAGACACAGAUACCAAAAAAGUCGGAAUAGAUAUGCUGGUCAUACUACUCGGACGGGGCAUGGAAACCUUGGAGGAGGUGCUGGCCUGUGACCAGUGCAAUGUUUGUGUUGAGAACGGCAUUAUCGUUGCAACUCUUGCGCAGCAGCUGAUGUUCGUGUCUGAAACCGCUGCAAGGAAGCUUGUUGCCCACAUGAUUCAGUCAGCGAUGAGGUGUUUGAUGGAGUGA